AUGUUUAAUAAAAAGCAUUUUGUUUUCAACAAUAUCCCUGAUCUUUCUGGCAAGGUUGCAAUAGUAACGGGAGGAAAUAAUGGUAUAGGAUUCAUAACUGUAAGAGAAUUAGCCCGUAAAAAUGCACAUGUAUUCAUUGCAAGUCGUAAUAAAGAGAAAGGUGAAUCAGCAGUAGAACAAAUAAAAAAAGAAACAAAAAAUAAUGCAAUUGAAUUUUUACAAUUGAAUCUGCAAAAUUUAAAUUCUGUUAAACAUGCUGCCGAAACAUUUUUGGCCAGAAAUUUACCAUUACAUAUUCUAGUUAAUAAUGCGGGUAUUAUGGUAACCCCAUUUGAGACAACUGAAGAUGGUAUUCAAGACCAAUUUGGAGUCAAUCAUAUUGGCCAUUUUCUCUUCACAAUUUUACUAUUACCAACUAUUAAAGCUUCGGCUCCGUCACGUAUUGUCAAUGUUAGCAGUCUUGUUCAUGAUCGAGCAAAAGGAAUAGAUUUUGACAAGUUGAAUGAUCCGAAUGCUUAUACUCCUUUUGAAAGAUAUUAUCAGUCAAAACUUGCCAACGUUUUAUUUACUACUGAACUUGAUAAAAAACUUGCUGGAACAAAUGUUUAUUGUGUUAUAAAGACAGAUUUAUAUGGUAGCUUUGUUUCUAGUCUUGGAUCUUGGACAAAACCUCUUGUUUCUAUAGGAAGACAUUUCAUGUUAACACCUGAUGAUGGCGCAUUAACACAACUUUAUUGCGCUACAAGCCCCGAAAUCGAAGAAAAAAAUUAUCGUGGAAAAUAUUUUGUACCAUUUGGUGAAUUAGGGAAACCUAGCGCUCCAGCUAAAGACGAAGAAUUGGCAAAAAAAUUGUGGGAUUUUUCAGAAAGGUUUAUUAAAGAAAAACUUG